AUGGCCAAACCCAAUCCCAACCUUCAAACUCCACCCAAUUCACCUACCCCUAAUCCUCCGCCACAUUCACCCAACCACGAUAACACUCAUAUCUUAACUCGCUACCUCAAUCUCUCUGAUCCCUCCAACCCUUUUCGUCUAGACCAUGUAGAUAGCCCAGCCAUUAGUCUUGUUCUUGAGCUCUUCACCUCCGAUAAUUACGCCACAUGGUCUCGGGCCAUGCAUUGUGCUCUCUGUGCCAAGAACAAGCUUGGUUUCAUCACCGAUCCCUUGGACCCCUUAUUCGAUCUAUGGGAGCAAUGUAAUGAUAUGGUGGUCUCAUUGAUUCAAAAUUCCACCAGUCUAUCUAUCAAAACUAGUGUAGUGUUUGCCGAUGAUGAUCAAGCCAUCUGGAAGGACUUGGAGGAACGCUUCUCACAUCAGAACGGCCCACGCAUUUUUCAACUUAAGAAGGCACCCUCCAACCUACUCCAAGAGCACGAUUCUAUAAGUAUCUACCAUGGCAAGCUUAAGACACUUUGGGAUGAACUUUCUCUUUAUGAUCCCUUCUCUGCAUGUACUUGUGGAACCAUGAAAAUUCUUUCAGACCAAUACUAG